CGCAACGACAAUAGCUUCAACAUGGGAGACGUUCUUCUUCGGUUCUUCCGCAGCUCUCUGCCGGACGAGCUUGCCGCCGUCUUGGAGGAUAUUCUCAAGGCUACCGAAUCUGGAGACUUCGCAGCCGUAUUUGAGCUGCCACAAGUGCAGAUUUUACUAGGCCAUCAAGACAACGAAUCCACAAAGGAAACCAAGAGAGAAAAUUUCGGACUAUGGAGCGACUACAUUUUCCACCGCCUUGGGCAAAUAUUAUCCAAAAGGGAUGAAGAACAGGAAACGCCAGUAAGAGAAAAAGCGGCGUAUCAGCAACACUUCUUCUUCGUUGUUGCGGUCGCAGCGCUAUACGCGUUCAUACAAUCGACUGUGACAGGCCCGCCACUUCCUUUCAAGUCCGCGGAAACAAUACUGCCAAAGGACGUGUCAGGCAAUGCCACUACGCUUAGCAAAACUCGGUCGGACCUCAUUGCAUCUGUAAGCGCAGAUGGCAUUGCCGCGUACAGGCUCACAACGAACAUUGAGUUCCUAUGUCUUGCAGAGACGAUCUUGAUUUGUCCGCCUAUACAAAAGAAUAUUGAGCUAUCGACUUGGGCGCGAUUGAGGACCAAUUUCGUGCACCAGAGAUUGCUCAGCGAACCAGCACCAAGUUUGCAGUCUGCUAUCUACGAUGACUUGAAGCUCGUUGAGGGUUUAAUCCUUAACUCAGGGGAGAGCAAAAAGAUGGCGGACCUGCAUACGAGCUUUUUGUUAGAACGAGCAUCUAUCCAUACGUAUCAUGGCUUCGACAAGAAAGCUCGAGCAGAUUUGGACCAGGCGACUACGGAGCGGAACUUUGAGUUUGCGCUGACUGGGUUGAUGGGCAAGAGAACGAAGUUCCAAGAGAAAGAUACAAGUCAGCUACUUGUCCUGGCUCGAAGCGCAGGAUCUGAGACGAAUGGCACAGCGGAUGGCGCUUCGAAACCAACGGCGCUAGACCUGAACGACGACACGCUGCUGGAGUCAAUAUCCUUCACCGAGAACACUACAACCACCGAUAUCAAGGACGAGUCGGCACUACCAGUAUCUCUGAAAUCUAUGGACCCUUCAAAUCAACCAUUACUCGAUCCGCUUGACUCUGUCAUUCUGCUUUCGCUAGCAGAGAGUAUCAAGAAUACGAACCCUGUAGAUGGACUCACACGAGAACAAACGAUCCCAUAUGCCACAAGAGUUUUGGAAGGCGGAAGCUCAAACUGGCAGGUCUACACACAGGCUCUCCUCGUACGAAGUCGUAUCGAAGGCCACCGGUCAAGGACUAUGGAGCGCGGACUGCUUCAGCUACAAGCACUCGUUGAUCAAGUCAUAGCGGAAACAUCAGGGGACGCUACAACAGAUGCAGAAACAGGUGAGAAGGUGACGUCCUUCCUGCCUCAAGCAAAAGAAGGUGAGGCAGCUUCGGUGGAAGAACGCCUCCAGUAUGUGUUUCCCCUCUGCUCGCCCUCACGCUGGGAGUUGGAGGCUGAGCUAGCUGCUCGGUGGGUUCACAUUGGGGGUCUACGGUCCGCGCUUGAGAUAUACGAAAGGCUGGAGAUGUGGGCUGAAGCAGCAUUAUGCUAUGCAGCCACAGAGAAGGAAGACAAAGCACGCAAGAUGAUCCGACGACAGCUUUUCCAUGCAACAAAUGGCGACGAUGAUAACGCCGAUUUCGAUGCGGAGACUUGGGAAGGACCGGCACGGGAUCCACCACCGGCUGAAGCCCCGCGUUUCUACUGCAUCUUGGGUGAUAUCAAUCAAGACCUUUCCAUGUACGAGAAGGCAUGGGAGGUGUCCGGAGAACGGUACGCCCGCGCACAACGCUCCCUAGGCCAGCGCUACAUCACAGAGAGAAACUAUGCAAAGGCUGCGGAAGCGUAUUCAUUGUCACUCAAGAUCAAUGCUCUGUACCACCCUGCUUGGUUCGCGCUCGGCUGCGCACAUCUUGAGCUCCAACAAUUCAAAAAUGCCGUCGAAGCCUUUUCACGUUGUGUGCAGCUCGAUGAUCAUGAUGCAGAAGCAUGGUCGAAUCUUGCUGCUUCAUUACUGCAUCUUCGACCAAAAGCUAAGACAGAGGCAGACGGCGAGGAUGAGCAACCCGUGGCAAGGGUCACUAAUCAUCCAAGGACGGAUGCACUGAAGGCUUUCAAGCGCGCCGCCAACCUCAAGCACGACAACUACCGCAUCUGGAACAACGUGCUCGCCGUUGCGGCAUCCACGGACCCGCCUUCCUGGACUGACGUCGUUACGUCACAGCGCCGUAUUUGCGAAAUCCGCGGUUCUACAGAUGGCGAGAAAUGCGUAGAUGCCGAGAUCCUAGACAUGCUUGUCAAAGGUACCGUCAGGUCAGAGCAAGGAUUCGACAUUUCAAGGCCUGGCCUGCCCCGCAUGGUCAACGAGCUCAUAGAGAAACACGUCAAACCUCUCAUCACUUUCUCACCUAAGCUGUGGAGUAUCUUGGCGACGCUGUUCACGCAUACUUCCCGUCCCGCUUCGGCACUAGAAUGCCACGAGAAGGCUUGGCGCGCUGUUACGUCGCAGCCGAAGUGGGAGUCUGGUACUGAAGCUGACUGGAACGUGGUUGUGGACCAGACGAUUGAUUUGGUAGACGCGUAUGAGACGUUGGGACCAAGGGAGAAGACGGAAGGCUUGGCUGCGGGUACUGGCGAGCUGGUGGCUAAGGAUUGGAAGUUCAAGGCAAGGAGUGCGGUGAGGAGCGUCAUGGGAAAAGGGAAAGAGAACUGGGAGGAUGGCGACGGGUGGGAGAGGUUGAAGACUAGGCUGGAUGAGCUCAAGGGUAAGGACUAGACAUGUAUUGCGGUUCGUACUUGAUUAGCUCGUGGUUGAUGGUGACGAUAUGGAUUUUGUUCGAAUUGCAUCAAGUUCAAGAUCAAACAAAUGUCGAUGAUAGUCAAUGCUUC